UGUGCUCCCGGUGGCGAGGUUGUAACGAUCACGCGCGAUCUUCUGCAUGUACCUUUUUGACUGUAGAUUUUGUUCUGGCCACACAGCCUUUGAGAAAUAAAACGAGAGAGUUGAAAUAAUUAGUGUGAAGUGGCCUCACCAGAACACAAUCUCAUCCAAUCUGCAUAGAACGAGCAAGUGUUGGUUUGCACUCAUGCUUGUCUGGAAUUUCAUGAGGCAAAGAUUCACCCUAGGUCCAAGGUUGAUCAAGUAUCAUCUGAGGGAAUUUUCAUCAUCUGUCCCCCUGUAUCAAAUCAGGCGAAUUAAAAAGCUGCAUUCAACGGAAUUGCUCAAAAGAAGUUCCCAGUAUCAAGAGUCAAAUACAGGAAAGAAAAUGUCAGCUGAGGAGGGGACGCCAGUGGCGAAAGAUGAAGGAAAAGCUGACAAGCGACCACAAUUUGGGAACAGAUAUCUUGAAAAUCCUGACAAUGUUUUUCAGCAUAAUGCAUGGGACAAUGUGUCUUGGGAUCCAGAGCAGCUUGAAGCAGCCAAGAAGAAAGUAGAUGAGAACUCUAGUCAGCCGGUUGACCAAGAGAAAAGAGAAUUGUAUGAAGCUGAAGCAGACAGAUACUGGAAUGAGUUCUACUCUCAACAUCAAAACAAGUUCUUCAAAGACAGGCACUGGCUCUUCACAGAGUUCCCAGAACUAUCUUCCGACAGUGUCCAAGUAUCUGGGAAAGAGACCAGCUCUAUAGGUGGUAUAUCUCAAGGAACUACUGAGGCUGUUCCUCAAGAUGGAAAGGCUCAGAGAACAGUGGAGUCAGAUCAACAAAACACCCUUCCCCUGAACACCUCAGAAGGAGCAAGAAAAGAGGAUUGUGGACAAAGUUCUGCAUCAUCAAGAACCUGUCCUGGUGAAGCAAAGGCUGAUGAAUCCCUUGAUGAUAAUGUUGACUUCCCAGGAAAGUCUGCCUCUAAAAGGAUUCUCGAAGUCGGCUGUGGAGUUGGUAACACCAUCUUCCCAAUCCUGCAGACAAACGCGGACCCCAGUUUAUUUGUCUAUGGUUGCGACUUCUCUUCUGUGGCCGUCGAUAUUGUCCGCCAGCACGCAGAGUACAACUCAUCCCGGUGCCAUGCCUUUGUUUGCGACAUCAGUGAUCCUGCAUCCAAGUUUCCAUUCCCUGAUAAUAGCCUAGACCUCAUCGUCCUGAUCUUUGUGAUGUCUGCUAUCAACCCUGAGAGAUUCCUAUCAACGAUCCAAACCCUCACUAGACUCCUCAAGCCUGGUGGUCGGAUUCUCUUCAGAGACUACGGUCGCUACGACAUGGCUCAGCUACGCUUCAAGAAGGGCAGGUGCCUGUCUGACAACUUUUACGUGCGUGGGGACGGGACACGGGUCUACUUCUUCACACAGGAUGAACUGCAGGAAUUGUUCUCAUCGGCUGGUCUGAUAGAAGAACAGAAUAUAAUUGAUAGAAGGUUGCAAGUCAAUAGGGGAAGACAAUUAACAAUGUAUCGUGUUUGGAUCCAGUGCAAAUAUAGAAAACCAUGACACGAUUUCUUUAUUACUGAGGAUGUUACAUGUGUCUUCUCCUCCUUGUUGCUUACAGUAGA